GGUAACGUUUAUUCUCAGCGCUCAAAGAGAUUCAAAUGCGUAAUUUCAAAACAGUCAGCAAGAACGCCAAUCGCGAGCAUUUGUGAUUUCUCCUAUUUGCGCGCUCUGGGAGUGGAUUCUUCGGUUUCUUGGACGCACCAUGAUCCGAGAGAUCCUGGAUUGACCUGUUUAGUAGAGAAACGCAAAAUCUGUUUUCGGAUGCUUUCGGAUUUAAGAAACCAAUCUUGGAUUUUCUUAAAGAAACGCAACCAAAGAUUUGGGUCUUCACCAGUGAUCCCUGGCGAUCGACUUCCGGUUUAGUUUCGCGCCAAAAUGUUCGCUACCAGGCUCUUUCGCAUUUGACGCUCACGGACAAUAUGGCGGUUUUCUUGCAUAUGGUUCUUUCACAAAGCAAAAUGUGGAGUUUUUGGUGUGGAACUCUAGGCCCAGAAAUCUGUAAUGUUAGCACCAGGGAAUUCUAUACCAUCAAGAAAUCCCAAAGUGGCAAAUAUUUCUCCCAGGCUACCUUCAGACUCUGUCAAGCACAGACCUGAGGGGACCAAAGAUAAUGUUAUUGGAUCUGGCUCAUAUGUCAAUGACAAACCAUCUUCUAAUACCUCAACUUGGGCGACUCAAAAGGGCAAAGAGUUGUUCAUGUCAAGUGAAUUGAACAAACUGCUGAAGCUCAAGCACAUCCAUUUGCAAAAACAUUUUUCCAAGAAAGAUGCACAUCUUCUGAAAUCGAGACCAAGCCUACUGGCUUCUUUUAAUAAGGAACUAAAGGAUGCCAGACGUCAUUCUCCUAAAGUGAGAGAUGCUCAUUUACAUGGAUUACCAAAGUCCAUACAUGGGACUACUAUGAAUGCAAACAAACAGGGUCCAGAGAUCCAUGACCAAGUGAGUAACAGCGCGCCUGAAGAUAUGGAGCUUCGAUCAGACACAGAUAAUCUGUCAUCGGACACUGAGUGGAGCUCCACUGCACCUGAAGAUGUGGGCCUUGAAUCAGAAGCAGAUAAAGUGCCAUUAUCAUUCAUUGAGUGGGACGCUGGAUCACCUCAAACUCAUGAGCCUGAAUUGAAGCACAAUGUAUUUUCAUCACCAGGUAUUGAGUCAGAUACUGGGGUAGCUCCAGGAGCAGCGGAAUCCAAAGUAAUGCCAUCGGAACGAUCUCAAUCAUCCUCUCAAGAUAACCCAGAAUCUGUGCCAUCGGUGGAAGCCCCUGAACAGGACACAGCUGAAAAAGAGAAAUUGAAAUUGCCCAUAAAACUUCCCAAUACUGUUGUUAUGAAAGAGCUUCCCUCCAAAGGCAAGGAAUUUGAGACAAAAAACGCGAAUUAUUUGUCAAUGAAUAUCUCAAAGAAGGUAGCAAAAACGCCAGCAUCAUCUGGUUCUCACUGGAGUGGUAUCCCCAUGCCUCAUGGGAAAAAUGGUAAUUUAAAUCUCAAUAUUAGAUUGGAGUCACUUGGUAAUCAGGGUGUUCAUACCAAGAAAGGAAAAAGCAAAAGGUCAGAAAAGGAAAGUGGAGGAGAAAUCGUUAGGGUUCUAAAUAUAUCAUUCGUCUUUGGAGGACUGUUGGUGGUAUUAAUGAUGGCUGCCUUUUUCGCUUUUGCUUGGCCACUGAGAAAAUAUUAUCAAAAGUUAUCCCAGCGACUGAAUGAGAGAGAGGUGGAAUCUGGCCUGGGUGAUGGCAAUGUGCGAGUGGAUAGAAACCAACCUCCAGUGAGUCGAUCUCAGCGUUACCACUCACCCUGUCAGCAGGAACCAACGUCAGAGUCUUAUCAAAAUCCAGGAAAUAGUGGCAAUGUGUCUGUGAGUGACAGGCGGGCCUACUUCCGUGGAGGGGUGCAAGCUUAUCAAACCACAAGCGCGCCCAAGAAGAGCAAGAAAAAGACAAAGGAUGAAGUUAUUUCUGACGACAAGAAGAGGGACCCUCGAAAUGUGGAAAGGAGGAAGAUAAUCAAACAGCAAACUUCCCAAAGAAGAGCCUCGCUUGCUGACAGCAUCGCUAUUGCCAAAUCAGUUAUCGAUGGGCAUUCAAAGAACAGACAGUUCGAGAAGAAGGCCUCUGAAAGGCGGCGUGUGAUCAAACAAUCGACGUCUGCCCCUGGGUCAUCAACUGGAGAGAAACCACGGUGCAUGUCUUUUUUCCAAGAGCUGGAAACCGCUUGUUCGGUGAUAUUGCCAGGCGCUGAUCACCAAAAGAGUGUGGAAAGGUCAAAGGACAGACGUCGCACAAUUAAGGAUCGCUCUGACGGAAAGAGGCGGAGAUCACUGGCAGAGGAGAUUGAAGAUGCUAAGAAAGUUAUUGUGGAUAGUAAGAGGAAGUACGAAACAUCACCUGCUGUAGUGGAUGAGGUCAGAGAUCAAAAUGCAAUUUCUCUUUUCAAUACCAAUACAGUCAUACACCCACCAAAAAAGGGGACACUCCCGGACGGGGGGUGGGGGUGGGGACUUUGUUAGUCUUUGUGUUGGGGUGUGCCGCUGGCACACUGAAACUCUUACUAUCGUAGUCCAACAUACGCUAACUUAACUGAUAUCUUAUGUAGGCACUUACAAGUUCAAUUUCCGUUAUGGACCCCGGGUAAAGAAUCCUGUUCUACACUAAAUUCUUUAUACUAAGCCUCUGGCCAAUUCCCCGGUAAAUUAUACUCUAUUCUAAACCAAAACUGUCUGAC